AUGGCGUUCAAUACUGGCGGGGCUCACGCCCUUGGUGCGCCGUCGACAGAAUAUGCUAGUAUUAGCUUAGAUACGGAAAUGUUGGAUGAAGAUGAGGUUAUGGCCAUGGGAGAGACAUCAGGACCAGCGGACUUUACAUUAGAAACACCCGUGGACACCGAACCGGCACCAGAAAAUGUCAUUUCGAAUAAAGUUCACCUCAGGGGUUUGGACAGCAUGUCCUCGGAUGAUGUCAAGAACUGGAUUGCAGGGCACUUUCCGGAACCAACUGUCGAGAAACUGGAGUGGAUUGAUGACACAAGUUUAAACCUGGUGUAUAAAGAUGAAGAGACGGCUUUGGCGGCGUUGAAUGCGUUAAGUACCAAUAUUGGACGGAGUUCGAGGCCUUGGGAGUUAAGAGAGGCGAAUAAUAGUGAAGCUUUUCCAUUGGCGAGGUUGGACAUUAGAUUGGCUUUUGUGACGGAUAAGAAGGAGAGAGGAGCGCGGGAACGAAGUCGAUACUACUUGUUCCAUCCGGAGGAAGAUAGAGUUGAACAGCAGGAGAAGAAGAAAAGGGAACAAGAGAAGGAGCGACGGGAACGAAAAGAAUAUCGGAGGAGAGACUACGACGAGAGAUAUCGAUCCGAAUCUCGUGGUGAAGACCGGGAAUGGAACGAUAGAAGGCGAAGCAGAUCAAGAUACGAUGAAGAGGAUUCCCGUCGACGGGAGCCAUUGGAGUUAUUUCCAACUGGAGGAACAGCGGAAAGGCGUGGUGGUCGACGGUCAAGGUCAAGGUCACCGGUUGAAUUAUUCCCCGCGAAGGCAAAGAAUGCUAGUAUCGAGCUCUUCCCGGAAGCCACACCGAAUGAUGGCAUGGAGUUGUUCCCGGAGAAGGCCAAAAACGCGAGCGUUGAGCUGUUCCCUGGCAGGAACGAAAAUUCGGGGAGGAGAAGAGAGGCGAGCCCGAGUGGGCAGAGGAAUGAUACGCCACCUAGGACAUUGUUUUCUAUCGAUGAUCCGGUGGAGAUGCCCAAGAGAGGGCAAAGCCCACAGAGGCAGAGAAGGGAAAGGGAAAGACCGAGGGAUACGGGACGAACAAUUGAGUUAUUCCCCGACAGAACGGAUAAGCCUAGAUCUUUGGCGGACCGAAUGGACAAUCCUAGGAGUGCUACGAGGCCUUCAAAACAUGAUGAUAUGAAUAUGGGCGAUAGUGGAUUGUCAAUUCGCGGUUCUGCUGGCGGAGGAAUUAGUAUUCGCGGUGCAGCUAGAGGUGCCGGGCAUUCGAAUGCUGGGAUCGAAUUGCUGCCAGACAAGGCCUCUAACAGUCUAUUCAAUCGAAUCAGUGAACCAACAGGCAGUAGGCGGGGCGCAAGGAGGCAGAAGGCGGAAGAUAUGUUUGGCUAA